AUGGAGGUGUCCCCCAGCCAACACAUGGCGCUCAAGUCAGAGGGCGGACAAAACGAGGAUGACGGGCCUGAGGACAACUAUGUUCUGUAUCAAACUCUGUACAAAUAUGAAUCGAGUGACCCCGAGGACCUGACGUUUGAUGCCAACGAGAUUCUGCAAGUCACCGACGAAGUGCCAGUACUCACGUGCCCGGCAUGCCCAGGCGAUGGCUCGCCAAAUUCCUGGUAUUACGGCCGCAGUCAGGAUGGACGUGAAGGCAACUUCCCCGGUACCUACGUGCGCAAGAUCAAACUGCGCAAUAAGGUCCUGUCUGUGGACGUGGAAAAUGGCGGUGCUGCCAAAGCCGAGGUGGAAAAGCCGCCCUCCCCCACGCCUGUUCCAGUUCCCAAGCGUGAAUUACAACCCCACGAAUAUGUUCUUUACCAGGCUUUGUACGAGUACAAAUCCGACGAUCCCGACGAUCUGUCCUUUGGCAUGGGCGACAUUCUGCGAGUGACCGAGGAGGGGGCCACGCCCGAGGAGUGGUUCUACGGUCAAGAUCAAGAUGGCAACGAGGGCUCAUUUCCCGGUUAG